CCUAACAUUUUCUUACUUCAUUUCAGAUGAAAAAAAAAGAAAGAAAGUUGAUCUCAUUUGCACACUCAGCCAUUUCUGCAUCCAACAAACAUGCCCGUCAGAGUACUGGAGAACACCGCGCCUUCUCAGGUCUCAGGUACAAAUUCGGGAAGGAGUUCAAGUCAAUCUUGUAGUCUCCUAGGCGUCGGACAGGCCUUUUCUGGCACUCAGAAUGUUUCAAGUGUACAAAAGGAUGAAGCAUGGAGAGUAAAUGUCCGUAUACAAGGAUGUGACCUAGAGCAUGGGUAUUUGUGUGGCACCAUGGAAGCCCUUAAUGUUCCUAUGGCAGAUACACCAGUAGUAACAUUUUGGGAAGGGGAGAUUGUUGACACAAAGAAUUAUACUUUCUUCACUGGCAAAUGGGAGGCAACACCGGAGGAUGAUAUAAGACACUGGUCUAAAUUUCCAUCGUUUUCUCCCUUACUGGGUCAAGUGGAGGCUGAUGGUGGCAAGUCUUUGGACCUGAGCAACUACCCUUACAUAUUCAUGAGAUGGAAGGAGCAGUACUUUGUGAACGUUGGAACUGACUGUGGAUUAACUAUAGCUGGAUUUUACUAUAUUUGUUUCUCUUGCAGUGAUGGCUCUAUCAGUGGAUUCUAUUAUGAUCCCAACAGCAGCCCUUACCAGAAGCUUGAGUUGAAAUCCACGAACGAUGGAAGAUCAGGUUUCAGUUUUUCAUCGUACGAGCUACAAUAGAUUGUGAGAUGUAUUACUUCAAGAUUCAUCAUCUAAGUGUCAGUAUUUUAUGAGUGGGAACCUGUGGAAAAUUCGAGACCCCAUUUUAUGUUGUGAUCACACCAGUGACUUCGGGGUUGAUCACAUGACUAACUGGAUUUUUUGGAGUUUCAAACCAUUAUACAAUGUGCAUCUUGUACGGUGUGCUUGUUUUACAUAAAUUAAGCUUCCUAAUGCAUGUUGAAUGUGAAUCUUCCUCACAUUGAAUUCACGUUCAGCAACGGGAAUGCAAGCACACCUUGUAGAUACUAAAAUGUUUUGCAGAUGAUUACCCAGUGAGCAAGGUUACUCUAGGUUGGAAAAUACUAACAAGGCUCUUUUGAAUACUUUAUCUUCUAUUGGAAAUAGUUUUGGUUGGUUUCAUUCAUAUUUAA